GGAUUAACGCCAGUGUAUGCCGUGACUCUCGGGUGACAGUCGAGGAUUGAGAUAGAAAAGAAAAACGCCGCGAUGUUUUUCAACAAUCUGGGAAACAAUAUGCAUUUUAAACCCAGUCGCAACAGACUGUACACAACAAGAUGCUGCGGAUGCUGCCAUGUCCGGACGGGAACGAUCAUUCUUGGUACUUGGUAUAUGGUUGUGAACCUGUUGAUGGGAAUCCUGCUAACAGUGGCCGUCACCCAUCCUGAAAACGUGCCCACCGUCGACCUUCAGUACGAGGUCAUCGAGCACUACUUUGCUUCAGACCGAAUGUCAGAAAAUGCUUGCGUGGGAUUUGCCAUCUCCCUCCUGAUGCUCACUAUCAGUGCCAUGAUGGUGUAUGGAGCCAUUACUCACCGUGACGGCUGGCUCAUCCCGUUCUUCUGCUAUCAGCUGUUCGACUUUGCUCUGAGCUGCCUGGUGGCCAUCAGUUCCCUCACCUACCUGCCCCGGAUCAAGGAUUACCUGGAUCAGCUGCCGGACUUCCCGUACAAAGACAACCUCCUCUCUCUGGACUCCAGCUGCCUCCUGUUGUUCGUCCUGGUGUUCUUUGCUCUCCUCAUCAUUCUGAAGGCUUAUUUGAUCAACUGUGUGUGGAACUGCUACAAGUACAUCAAUAAUAGAAACAUGCCAGAAAUCGCUGUUUAUCCUGCGUUUGAGACUCCACCUCAGUACAUCCUCCCCACCUACGAAAUGGCCAUGACGAUGCCAGCGAAGGAGCCCCCGCCCCCCUACAUGCCCGCCUGAAGGCUCUCCGAAUAAAGUCACCGCAGAUUCUCUGUUCGGCCCUUCGAUCGAUCGCACCCUUCGUCCGUUAGAGCGGAGGGGUUUCAGAUUCCCCACCACAGUAUCACUUUAAAACUGCAUAUUGCAUAGACUUCAUAGACUUCAUGGUAACUUCAUGUCAUUCGCAUGACUUCAUGCCUCAUAACAUUGUGUGUGUGCGCGUUCACUUACAGAUCUAUUUUUGUAAAUUCAUAGAAAACAAACAAAACGAACAGAAGAUGAUGAUGAUGAUCCGGGUUGUUCCUGCAGGGGGGAUUUGGGGUUUGCAGUGGUUGGCCUUAUCGUGAGCUGAGUUGCAUAGUUCAUUUUGUGCUCCCGACAGCUUUAUAUAGUUUAUUUAAGGUGAACCGGGAUCGUUUGUGUGUAGAUGAGAGUAACGCACAUGAAUCAGUGAAAGCUUUAACUUGUACGCUUUCUCUCUCGCUCAUUUUUAUGCUCCUUCUGCGUCCGAGUUAGAGAUAUUGUCAAAGUAAAUUCGCUUUACCGCUUUACUAUCCACUAACAAUCGAAAGAACUACUUUCUUAAUUUGCUAAUGCAAAAGAAUCAGUUAAAAUCACCCAGCCUGACAAUCCAAUGUGAAAUUUUAAGAAGCUCUUUUCCAUUCGUGUGUUCGGUGUAAAAGAAUCUUUAAAGCUUUUAGUCAAGAGAUUUUAGCACUUUAUCUUGUUUUAUAUUCGAGUGUUGUCACUUCAUCCAUCCAUCCAUGGAGCAUCUGAGCAGCGUUCAUCGUGCCGUGCCGUGAUAGAUAGUUUUCAUGCUUUUAAAACACCGCUGACGAGAGAAGUCUUUUCUUUCACAGGAAACAACGCUUCGGAUUAAACGAGACUCGGCUAGUAUUAAACGUGAACAUCGGUAGAUGCAUGCUAUUCUUCUUUUUUGUUCUUUUUCUUGUACACAUUCUGUUAUUAAAUUUACUUCAUUAAUAAAGAUUUUAAAACGUG